UUCGAAUUAUUAUUUCGUAUGACUUGACUUCUUUUUGUCCUUUGAGGUGGUGCGGUCAACAUCGUCCAUCGACGUUUGAUUGAAAAAUCAGCGAAGUUGGCUCUAAAUUCUUCAAUUUUUUGUAAAUUUUAAAAUUAUUUAAAUUCAGAAAUGGGUGAAGAUAUUCCUGCUGGAGAUCCAGAGAAGGGUAAGAAGUUGUUCGUUCAGAAAUGCUCCCAAUGUCAUACUGUUGAGAAAGGAGGCAAGCACAAGGUUGGACCUAAUCUCAAUGGUCUAAUAGGACGUAAAACUGGACAGGCUCCAGGAUUUGUAUAUACAGAAGCUAACAAAAGCAAAGGCAUUACAUGGAACAGAGACACGCUUUUUGUGUACCUGGAGAAUCCCAAAAAAUACAUUCCUGGCACUAAGAUGGUGUUCGCCGGUCUAAAGAAAAAGAACGAGCGAGCAGACAUCAUUGCUUACCUAGAGCAGGCAACAAAAUGAUGAUGGAACUUGUAGUUUUUAAAUUUCAUCGUAAUUUAAUUUCAAUCUCAAUAAUAUUUAUUGCUGGGUAAAUUGUCUUAGUUUCUCUGUAGAAGCAAGUGCAAUAUAUGCAGCUCCAACCCAUCGCCUCUUGCUCAUUUUUAUUUUCUGCUGUUACAAAAUGUUACAAAGAUAUAGUUGAUGAAUAAAAUAUGAGUAUGUGGUGUUUUUGGUUA